UUUACUUUGGUGUUUACGUGUUGAAUUUGCGUUUAAAACUUGAUUUUUAACUAAUAAAAGUGCAUUUAACAUGACUAACUUGCAACGGUGGCUCUUUUAUGCGGCACUCUUUGCCGUACCCUACUUGGCCAUUGUUCUGGGCUCCGUGCAAACGCCACUGACAACAAAGUAUUUCCUGCACAUCCAACUGCUUCCACUGUUACUGCUGGUGUUGUUCGGUUUAUAUUCCGCUUUUACUGUGCUGUAUCGCACGUUUACCUUCAACGAUUGCCCUGAAGCUGCUAAGGAGCUGCAAGCGGAAAUUAUAGAAGCACGGAAAGAUCUGAUAGCCAAAGGUUUUAAAUUUCGCGACUAAUGAUUAUGAAAGAGUACUUAAGAAAAACAUUGUUUUAUGUAUUCCAUUAUGUUAAAAGUUAUGAUAAAAUUUUAAUCAAAUUAUGAAGUAA